UUCUUCUCUAUAAUGCAAGAUGAGCUCAGUUCUGUCCUGAACAACCACCUUCUUAUUUUAUUUUUUCAGUUGUGUUUGGUUCACAAACUUGCAAAAACCCCACAAAUCUGGUUUAUUCUCUGUUCAUGGGUAGUUCUUGAAUCUGUGAUUCUUUCUUCUUUUGUCGUUUCUUGGAGAGUGUUGACUUUGGUCGGUAGAUUUUUUUCUUCUUUCUUUCUAGCCGUUAAGGAUGACUUAAAUAAAUGCAGAAGCAGCUCAAAAGUUUUAAGCUUUAGCUCAAUCCCAAGAAAAAAAUCAACCGUUUAGUUUCACAUUUCGGUUCAUAAAUGCUGCUACUUGUUCUUGAUUCUGGUGUUGAAGGACGGAUCCCAAUUUGGAGCUCAAGAUUGUAGAUUAUCAAACCGGGUUCAGUUUCGGGUUCGGGUUCGGAUCCUGAACCGAGAAUGUCAUUUGGGUAGACGCCUUUAUCAGCUGAACAUGAGAAAGGUUCAUCUUUUUCUGGUUUUGUUAACUCUCACCUACAUUUCAGCUGCUCGCUCUGAUACAAUCAAUGAGCGAGACGUUUUGCUUCAGUUCAAAGACAGUGUCAGUGACGAUCCGUACAACAGCUUGGCCUCUUGGGUCUCCGACGGCGACCUCUGCAACAGCUUUAAUGGAGUCACUUGUAACCCAGAAGGUUUCGUGGACAAAAUCGUUCUGUGGAAUACAAGUCUCGCCGGAACCCUAUCUCCGGGAUUGUCAAAUCUGAAGUUUGUUCGAGUUCUGACCUUGUUUGGCAACAGGUUUACAGGUAAUUUACCGUUGGAUUACUCAAAGUUACAAACUUUGUGGACGAUUAAUGUUAGUUCGAAUUCGUUGUCUGGUUCAAUCCCGGAGUUUAUUGGUGAUUUGUCUAGCUUAAGGUUUCUCGACUUGUCUAGAAAUGGUUUCUCUGGAGAGAUUCCGGUUUCUCUGUUUAAUUUCUGUAACAAGACCAAAUUUGUUUCACUGUCUCAUAACAAUCUCUCUGGAUCAAUCCCUGCUUCAAUCGUGAACUGUAACAACCUUGAAGGAUUUGAUUUGUCUUACAAUAAUCUGAAGGGAGUGUUGCCUCCUAGGAUUUGUGAAAUUCCGGUGCUUGAGUAUAUCUCAGUGAGAAACAAUUUGUUAUCUGGUGAUGUCUCUGAGGAGAUACCUAAAUGUCAGAGAUUGCGUCUUGUCGAUUUCGGAAGCAAUUUGUUCCAUGGAUCAGCGCCUUUUGAGGUUCUUAGAUUCGAGAAUAUAACCUAUGUCAAUGUUUCUUGGAACCGGUUUGGUGGGGAGAUUGGAGAGAUAACUGAUUGCAGUGAUAGUUUAGAGUUUUUGGAUGCUUCAUCGAAUGAGUUAGCCGGGAGGAUACCUACUAGUGUAACGGGGUGCAAAAGUCUCAAACUUUUGGAUGUGGAGUCUAACAAGCUGAAUGGGAGUAUCCCGGGAGGUAUCGGGAAGAUGGAGAAACUCUCGGUGAUCAGAUUAGGUGAUAAUUCUAUAGAUGGGGAGAUACCAAGGGAGAUUGGAAAUUUGGAGUUCCUACAGGUUUUGAAUCUGCAUAAUCUCAACCUCAUUGGUGAAAUACCAGAGGAUAUAUCCAAUUGCAGAGUACUUCUUGAACUAGAUGUUUCAGGGAAUGAUUUAGUAGGAGAGAUCCCUAAGAAGCUAUUAAACUUAACAAACCUAGAGAUUCUUGAUCUGCAUCAAAACCAUCUCAAUGGAAGUAUCCCAUCUGAUCUUGGAAAGCUCUCCAGAAUCCAGUUUCUUGAUCUUUCACAUAACUCGCUCUCAGGGUCAAUCCCAUCUUCCCUCGGGAAUUUGAAUACACUAACGCAUUUUAAUGUCUCCUAUAACAAUCUCUCCGGUGUUAUCCCUCAUGUUCCAGUGAUGCAAGCUUUUGGAUCUUCUGCAUUUUUGGACAACCCUUUCCUCUGCGGUGAUCCACUUGUAACUCCCUGCAAUUCACAUGGAGCUGCAACAACAUCCAGAAAUUCUAAUGCUCUAAGCAUUUCAGUUAUCAUUGUUAUUAUUGCGGCUGUUGUUAUCCUCUUCGGUGUCUGUAUAGUGCUUGCUUUGAAUCUAAGAGCUCGUAAAAGGAGGAAAAACGAAGAAAUACUUACAGUUGAAACCACUCCUCUGGCGUCUUCAAUUGACUCUUCUGGUGUGAUUAUCGGAAAACUUGUUCUUUUCAGCAAGAAUUUGCCAUCAAAGUAUGAAGAUUGGGAGGUGGGUACAAAAGCUUUGCUCGACAAGGAAAAUAUUAUUGGCAUGGGGUCGAUUGGAUCAGUUUAUAGAGCAUCUUUCGAAGGAGGGGUUUCCAUUGCAGUAAAGAAGCUUGAGACUUUAGGAAGAAUCAGAAACCAAGAAGAGUUUGAGCAGGAAAUUGGACGGCUUGGAGGUUUGCAACAUACGAAUCUGUCUUCUUUCCAAGGUUACUACUUUUCCUCAACUAUGCAGUUGAUUCUCUCUGAAUUUGUCCCUAACGGUAGCCUCUACGAUAAUCUACACCUAAGAAUCUACCCGGGAACCAGCUCAAGCCAUGGGAAUACCGAUUUAAAUUGGCACAGAAGAUUUCAGAUUGCUUUAGGGACCGCAAAAGCGCUCUCUUUCCUUCACAAUGACUGUAAACCGGCGAUUCUUCAUCUCAAUGUUAAGUCCACCAACAUUCUUCUAGAUGAAAGAUAUGAGGCAAAGCUAUCGGAUUAUGGACUAGAAAAGUUUCUUCCGGUUAUGGACAGCUUUGGUUUGACUAAGAAGUUCCACAACGCAGUGGGGUAUAUUGCUCCCGAACUAGCUCAGCAGAGUUUGAGAGCAAGUGAUAAAUGCGAUGUGUAUAGUUAUGGUGUAGUUCUUCUUGAGCUGGUUACAGGUAGAAAACCAGUGGAGUCUCCAUCAGAAAACAAAGUCUUGAUCUUGAGAGAUUAUGUGAGGGAUUUAUCGGAGACUGGUUCGGCUUCUGAUUGUUUUGACAGAAGGUUGAGAGACUUCGAAGAGAAUGAGCUUAUUCAAGUCAUGAAGUUAGGACUGAUUUGUACGUCGGAGAGCCCAUUGAAGAGACCGAGUAUGGCUGAGGUUGUGCAGGUUCUUGAAUCAAUCAGAAAUGGAUUUGGAUCAUGAUGAGUAAAGAUUGCAUAGAAAAUGUGCAGGGUAGUAUUUAGAGCUUAGAAAGUGGGGUUUAAGGGGAAAUAAGUUAUUCUUUUGGAUUUUGGUGAUAUUCCGGUUUAGGCUUACAUUUGUUCAAUGAAAUUGUUAGUCUGGUUAACACAAUACCAAACCGAGUUUUGACGAAUGUAGAUAAGCAUUUUCAAUCUUGAGA